CCCUGGACUGCAGCAGAAGCACACGAUCACCUCUCAGCAUGUCGAACAACCAAAAACAAGUCGUUCUCUUGGUGGCAUUUCUGUGUCUGGACCUGUGUUCCUGUGUGAGCACCGUGCCGCUCUGUGCCUACGGACACACUGGCUGCCAGCUCCUGUCUCUGGCUGAUCUCUUUGACAGGGUCAUCCAACACUCCUCCAGGAUGCAUGGGCUCUCCAGCGACCUGCACUUCCAGCUGGAAAAAUACUUCCUUCCGGGAAAAAACUACAUCCGUGGUGUUUACCGCAAGUGUCACACAUCCAGUAUACUCACUCCUAACGUCAAGGAGACGGCACAGAAACUGGCUCAUGAGGAGUUAACAGAGAUCAUUCUCAAGCUGCUGAUGGCCUGGAAGUAUCCUCUGUCCCUACUCCAUGAGAGCAUGUCUGACCAACAAGACUUUAAGAACUUGAUCAGCAGCAAAGUUUUGGAGAUGAGCAGCAUUGCUCUGGAACUCAAGAAAGGAGUGGAGAAAGUCCUGGAGAAGAUGCAGAUGUUGGGGAUGAUCAGUGACUCGAUGAAUAGCUUCACCUUUCCCGAAGACUUAUUUUCUGCCAGUGGAGAGGCCAUGAGUGAACACCAGCUCCUGUACUGUUUCCGCCGAGAUUCUGACAAGGUCCAGAACUACCUGAAGAUCCUUAAAUGCAGAAUUGUACCUGACGAUGGCUGCUGAGCUUCUCACCCUCACAGCUGGACUGCACAGACCAUGCUCAGUGCACUGCAUUCUGAUCUUCCACUGUUUAUGUCCAUGUUUGCUUCACACAUAGAGGAACCUGACUGAAGAUGAUACUGUAGUCAUCAUGAAGAGGUCUAAAUAAACUCCU